AAUUUUGGUUUUCUUUUUGUUCUAGGAGUUGUGAGCUGCACAUUCUUUAUGGCAGCUAAGAGCCUGUAUUCAUCCAGUGAUGAUGUGAUAGAGCUAACACCAACAAAUUUCAACAAGGAAGUCAUUCAGAGUGACAGUUUAUGGCUGGUAGAAUUCUAUGCACCAUGGUGUGGUCACUGUCAAAGACUAACUCCAGAAUGGAAGAAAGCGGCAACAGCAUUAAAAGGUAUUGUGAAAGUCGGUGCUGUUGAUGCAGAUAAGCAUCAGUCCCUAGGAGGUCAGUAUGGCGUUCGAGGAUUUCCAUCUAUCAAGAUAUUUGGAUCCAACAAGAACAAACCAGAAGACUACCAGGGUGGCAGAACAAGCGAAGCUAUCGUUGAUGCUGCUUUAAGUUCUCUUCGAUCACUGGUAAAGGAUCGUCUUAGUGGCAGAAGUGGAGGACAUAGUUCUGGAAAGCAGAGUAGCCGAGAAAGUGGAGGCUCAGAUAAGAAGAAUGUGAUUGAACUGACUGAUGACAGCUUUGAUAAGAAUGUUGUGAAUAGUGAUGAUGUUUGGCUGGUAGAGUUUUACGCUCCAUGGUGCGGACACUGCAAAAAUCUGGAGCCAGAAUGGGCAGCUGCUGCCAUAGAAGUGGAAGAACAAACGAAGGGAAAAGUAAAACUGGCAGCUGUUGACGCUACGGUGAACCAGAUGUUAGCCAGCCGUUAUGGGAUCCGAGGAUUUCCCACAAUCAAGAUCUUUCAGAAAGGGGAAGACCCUGUUGAUUACGAUGGUGGAAGAACAAAAUCUGACAUAGUUGCUCGAGCGCUAGAUCUUUUUUCUGAAAGUGCCCCUCCACCUGAGCUGCUUGAGAUUAUUGAUGAAAGCGUUGUGAAGAAUACCUGUGACGCCUACCAGCUCUGUGUCAUUGCUGUCUUGCCUCAUAUUCUUGAUACAGGAGCUGCAGGAAGAAAUUCCUAUUUGGAAGUUGUGUUAAAAAUGGCAGACAAAUACAAAAAGAAAAUGUGGGGGUGGCUGUGGACAGAGGCUGGAGCUCAGUCUGAGCUUGAAAGCUCAUUGGGAAUUGGAGGAUUUGGGUACCCAGCAAUGGCAGCAGUUAAUGCAAGGAAGAUGAAAUUUGCCCUCCUGAAAGGAUCUUUCAGUGAACAGGGGAUUAAUGAAUUUCUCAGGGAGCUCUCCUUCGGUCGUGGGUCUACUGCACCAGUAGGUGGUGGGGCUUUUCCUAAAAUUAACACAGUUGAGCCAUGGGAUGGCAAAGAUGGUGAGCUUCCGGUUGAAGAUGAUAUUGAUCUCAGUGAUGUGGAUCUCGAAGACUGGGAUAAAGAUGAAUUGUGAGAUCUUCAGGAAGCUUCUUUUCUUGGGGGAGAGUGUGCAGCAGUUUGGAACAUUGUUCACAAUCAAAUGGAUAUUCCAGUGGCUUUUUUUACAGAGAAGUUACACCUGGCCAGAUACCUGGAACAUUGUGAUAGUGAACUGUAUGCCUCUCAAGAAAACAUUGCAAAAAUUCUAUGAAUUGUUGUAACCAGUAAAUUUGAUUGUAUUCUGUGUAACAAAUAUUUUGAGGACAACAUUGAUCUUUGAUUACAACAGCUUGGGUUUUAUUUUGUCCAUAGAGUAUGUGCCCUUUGAAUGUGUGCGGGGGAUGUUACUGUAACCAUUUUAAAAUGUGAUUAUUUUUUUUCCAUUCAGAUGGAACUUGACUAGCUUCUGUUUCAAUUAAAGAAUAAAACAAGAUAUUUUUGACAUAGAAUAAUAGAGUAAAAAAUGCCCAGGUUCAGAUGACUGGUGCAAAGUGAAUCGUAUAUAUCAAAGAAUGGUGCUGCAAGGCUCUUCAAUUACUCCAACACUAUAAAACUAGUCUUAUCUUCAGGCAAACCUGUCAAGAAGACAAUCUUGGUUUUAAAUGCUCUUUGUAGUCUUCCCUUUUCUCCUAUUUUCAGUUUUUUGGAAACUUCACACCACCUCAAGUUGUGGUCUUGUCCAAUAGCUGUGUCAGUGCUUGAAUGGGAAACGUCUAAGGAAAAUGCAGGACUGCGAAACCUGCUACUGAUUUCAGAAAGUGGCAGUUUUCCUUUUAGUUGGUAGUGAGCCAGUGGCAUGCCAGAGUGUGAAAGGUCAAAGAGCUGCUGUAACUGCUGCUUUCUAUCUCUCUGCCUAAAACUGAUACUGGUCUCUUCAGCGGAGCCCAGGUGUUAUCUCCAGCAUCCUGGCCAAAUUCCAACUUGGGUGAUUAUGUUCUGCCUCCUUAUAUUUCCUCUGCAUUUUCCACUGGCACUGGUAUUCUUUGCUUCCCAUUUUACGUUGUUGAAAUAUUUACCGUCUCGCCCUGGGGUGGUUGCAUUUUGAUGUUGGGUAUAGUUAUUACUAUAUUUGUAAAAAUCAAUAUUAUAAAAAUGUAAGGCCAAAGGUAUUAAAUAAAUUAACAUUUUGCUCUUGGCCCCCUA